AUGUUGCUGGCCCUGCUUUUUAUCAGUCUGGCAAUCUCAUCAGUGGCUGCUGCUCCCUACUCAGCUUCAGACUCGUCCACCACGGAAGGCCGACAGGUCCAAGACCUGGCACGCGUCCGAAUCAGCGGCAGCGAAGCUCGCAACGUGCCACUGCCCCUGCGAGUCCCGGACGUGUCAUUUCAUUUGGAGAUGAUCUCUCCUGCCCUGUCGGCCGAGCCUCCCGCCGCGGUCCUGCCCCUAAAGGCGAACGAGACCGGGGCCAGCACGACUGCGGACGGCGGCGCAACGCGCACCGUCGGGCCGGGAUCCGGGUGCAACGCCGCCAGCGACACCUUUUACCUGGAGCGGGGGACCAAAAGGUUAUAUCUCGUGUCGGAGGACGGCAGGAGCAGGCUUUACGCCUUCUUCCAGAAGGGAGCCGCGACGGACAAGCUCGGCUUCAACAGGGCUCGCUUUAUCGACGAUGGAAUCGGGCGGGAAUACUACAACUGCGAGGUCACCUCGCAGCAGCAGCUGGCGUGCCAUGGAGAAGAUGGCCCUGGGCAGUGGGUUGGUUGGCGCCUCAAAGACACCAUCGUCAUGGCGGAUAGGGAACACAAUUCUCAGCUUCCCCUGGUUGAGCUGCAUGUGACGGAUCUGAAAAAUGAUGCUCCGCAUUGA